AUGGACGCCAUGAAAACUGUGGUCGAGCAGCUUCGACGUGAAGCACAAAUGCAACGAAAGAAUGUUUCGGAAGUCGCUAAAGACCUGCUGGACUAUUGCGAGAAACACAAAGCAACUGACACGCUGGUGAGUGGCACGACUGAUGCGCAGAAUCCAUUCCGUGAGAAGAAAGGCUGUACGCUGAUCUGA